CUAACGAUAAGCACGAGACCAUUAUCAAAAUAAUAUCAAAAAGAGAAAACUGAAAGGAUGGUGAAUGUGCUGGCAUUUCCAUAAGAUCUUGUGAUUAGAAAAAUAAAAAAGACGUUUAAGUAGUGCUUGAAUAUUUAAAAUUUACUGUUUUUAAUUAAAAUAAGCAAAUAAUUGCUUCCAAAAUGUCAACCACUGAUGCUAACAAAAAGAAAAAGAAACCAACAGCAGUGCCUGUCAAAGAUAAAAAAGGACCUGGUAAAAAAGCUAUUGCAGCUUUAAAAGAAGCAUUAGCACAACAAAAGGAAGAAGAAGAAAAACUUCGCCGUGAAGAAGAAGAAGAAGAAAAACGUAUAGAAGAACUUGAAAAACAAAAAGAAGAAAAAUUGAGACUAGAGCAAGAAAAAAAGGAAAAAAAGAAACAGAAAGAAAAAGAAAAGAAAGAAAGGUUAAAAGCUGAAGGUAAAUUCUUAACUCCUAAACAAAAAGCUGAUAGAGCACGGGCCCAAUUACUUCUUGAAACUUUUAAGGCUCAAAGUGAAGCUCUAAGAGCUCAGUCAGUUGUUGAUAAAGUAGAUGAAAAUGGAGAAGAGUCUGAAGAAUCUGAUGACGAAAAUAAUGAAAACUCUAAAAAUGUAAAUAAUAUUAUUAAAAAUGAACAAAUCAUUAAGGAUAAUAGUGAGCCUGUUAAAAAGGAAGAAGAACAUGAUUUAAGAGCUGCAGUUGUAUGUGUUUUAGGUCAUGUAGAUACUGGUAAAACUAAAAUAUUAGAUAAACUUCGAAGAACCAAUGUUCAAGAUGGAGAAGCUGGUGGUAUUACACAGCAAAUUGGUGCUACAAACGUUCCACUUAGUGCUAUUAAAGAACAAACAAAAGUUGUCAAUGGAUUUGCAAAUAAAACAUUUUUAGUUCCUGGUUUAUUAAUUAUAGACACUCCUGGUCACGAGUCUUUUAGCAAUCUUCGUAAUAGAGGAUCAUCAUUAUGUGAUAUUGCUAUUUUAGUUGUUGACAUAAUGCAUGGCUUAGAACCUCAAACAAUUGAAUCUAUAAAUAUUUUAAAGAGUAAAAAAACACCAUUUAUUGUAGCAUUAAAUAAAAUUGAUAGACUUUAUGAUUGGCAAACUAAUCCACGAAAAGAUGUAAGAGAUAUUUUAACUUCGCAGCAUCCUAACACACAAAAUGAGUUUAAAACACGAUCACAAAAUGUCAUUGUUCAAUUUGCUGAACAAGGUUUAAAUGCUGCUUUAUUCUACGAAAAUCCUGAUCCAAAAACAUAUGUAUCAUUAGUACCAACAUCAGCCAUAACAGGCGAAGGAAUGGGCAACUUAUUAGAUUUAAUUGUUGAGAACUGUCAAACACAUUUGUAUAAAAGACUAUUAUUUAGUGAAGAAUUACAAGCUACUGUAUUGGAAGUAAAAGCAAUUACAGGAUUAGGAACUACUAUUGAUACAAUUUUGGUUAAUGGUUAUCUGAGAGAAGGAGAAACUAUCGUUGUUGCUGGUACUGAUGGUCCUGUUGUAACUCAAAUCAGAUCAUUAUUAAUGCCUCAACCCUUAAAAGAAUUAAGAGUAAAAAAUGCAUAUGUAGAAUAUAAAGAAAUAAGAGCUGCUCAAGGAGUAAAAAUUGCAGCAAAAGAAUUGGAAAAAGCUAUAGCAGGGUUAAAUAUUUAUGUUGCUCAUAAACCUGAUGAAAUUGAACGUUUAAAGGAAUUAGUCUCCAAGGAGUUAAAAUCGGCCCUUAGUACAAUUAAAUUACAAGAUAGAGGUGUAUAUGUUCAAGCAUCAACAUUAGGUUCAUUAGAAGCAUUAUUAGACUUUUUAAGAUCUAGUAAGAUACCUUACAGCAAUAUAAGAAUAGGUCCUGUUGUCAAAAAAGAUGUUAUGAAAGCUUCAAUCAUGUUGGAACAUUCACCAUUGUAUGCCACUAUAUUGGCAUUUGAUGUUAAAAUUGAGAGAGAUGCUCAAGAAUUGGCUGAUUCUUUAAACGUUAAAAUAUUCCAAGCAGAUAUAAUAUAUCAUUUGUUUGAUAAAUUCACUGCAUACCAAGAAGAUUUAAAAAGGAAAAACCGAGAACAAUAUAAGUCUGUGGCUGUUUUUCCUUGUAAGCUCAAAGUUUUACCUCAAUUUGUAUUUAAUUCUCGAGAUCCAAUUGUUAUGGGAGUAAUAGUUGAGUCUGGUAUAGUAAAGGAAGGUACUCCUUUGUGUGUUCCUAGUAAAGAAUUUGUAGAUUUGGGUAUUGUUACUAGCAUAGAAAAUAAUCAUAAGCCAGUAGAAUCUGCUAGAAAAGGACAGGAAAUUUGUAUAAAAAUUGAACCCAUACCCGGUGAAGCACCAAAAAUGUAUGGAAGACAUUUUGAUGAAAAAGAUUUACUGGUAAGCAAAAUUACAAGACAGUCAAUUGAUGCAUGUAAAGAUCAUUUUAGAGAUGAUUUAUUGAAGACUGAUUGGCAAUUAAUGGUUGAACUUAAAAAAUUAUUUGAAAUUCUAUGAUUUAAAUUUUAUCAUAAUAAAUUGUAAAGAUUAUAUUUUUAAAUAUAACUUAAUUAAUUGAAAAAAAUAA